AUGUGCCUACAAGAGGCUGACAUCAAUGAGGCGAGCGGGGCUACUUGGUCUGCGGCUUGGCAGGCUAAGGGAUGCCACACGUUUUUGGGCACAGUGGGCGACCAGUCGAUGUACACCACAACGAUUGUGUCUACCAUUCCGGGGCGCCUCGUCAGACUCGACGUUACCGACCCCAGCAGAGUGACUGCGACGGUUUUCGAAUUCUUCACCGAAGGUGAGUACGAGAAGAUUGUCAUCGUCAGUUUGUAUAAUUACUUUGCAGACAAGGAGGCGGCUGGUGCUUUUCUGGAGGAGGUGGUGACGGCUCUCGAGACCAUCGGCUUGAAGUGGAUCGUCCUCGGCGACUUCAACCUCACGCAGGACGAUGGACCCAUGGCGCGACGCCUCGCGUCGGGCCUUUGCAGGUCCCUUGACGAGCCGUUCUUAACAGAAGGGCCCUUACCUGGUACGGCGGGAGGAGCCCGGCGCCUCGACUUCGGCGUCAGCUCCAGGAGCGUCACGGCGGCAAGUGUUUGGCAUGCCCCUGGGAUUGCUGAUCAUACUGCUGUGGCUUACUCUUUUUGCUUUGCGGACCCGGGCGGCUUCUCUUCACCGAUGAGGACCUCUUUGUCGACUGCGGUGGUGGACCCGGCUGCUUGGUUGAGUGCGUGGGACCAGGAGCGUUUUCGUGAACUUCUUUUGGCCACCGACUUUGACGGGGCUUGGCGGCUCAUCUCUGACACGGCCGAGCGGGUCUUAAGUCCGGGAGAUGGUGGGCGCGGUUUCCCGCGCGCUGGUCAGUGGGCCCCUAGAGGGCGAGCUCAGAGGAGCAAGGCUGCUUCGGCCUUUGAGCCUCUUCCGAUGGUCCGGCUCAGGCGCUUUGGCCGCCGAUUGGGGCAGCUGGUUCGACAGCCUGGCGAUCGGCGGCUUCGUGACAUCAUGGAGCGCGACCUCGAGUACCUCGACGGGCACUUUGGAUGGCUUGCGGAGCUCCCGCUGCUCGGCAUCGAGCGGCAUGCGCAGUGGGUGAACGACAAGAUCGAGGCUGAGGCCAAGUCCAUCCGCGAGGCGGGCUUCGAGCGGUGGCGCGGGGCUAUGCACAAUUCGCUGCCUAAGCAGGCGGCCUGGAUCAAGACCAGUGUGCACACCCGUGGCUCCGGCUUCGCUUCCCGCACUGCGAUCCACCCGUGUGCCGUCAUCGAGGAGGCCGAGCAGCAAUGGGUGGACCGGUGGACAAUGGGCAACGUGGACACGACUCCGGUGGCUAGUCUUCUUCAGCGCCUUCCCCCUGUGGACUCUGUCUCCACCCUGGUGCAGUUUACCGCUAGCAAGCUUCGCCAGGCUUGCACGCGGAUGCGACACAAGUCGCCUGGACCUGACGACUGGUCGGCGGAGCACUACUUGGCUCUCCCGGACCCGUUUUGGGAGGCGUUGGCUCAGUUGUGGCAGUGCUGCUACCAGAGUGCUGCUGUUCCUCGACGUUGGCGUGAAGCCAAGGUGACCAAGGUGUGCAUGAUCCCGAAGGCUAGCGGAGGGCACCGUCCCAUCGCUGUUUUGGCGCUGGGCUACCGCCUGGGCGCCUCUGUCCUCGCUCGCGAGCUUCGCUCCUGGACGGAGCAGUGGACUGGGCACAGGCUGAUGGGGGGCUUCCACAAGCGGUCCUGCCGCGACGUGUUUUUGCGGAUCCUCCACGCGACCGAGGAUCGCGGCAUGGCCUUUGUCGGCGAGGACAUCAGUAAGUUCUUCGACUCACUGGUGUCUCCACACGUACGACUUGUGCUGCAGCACCUGAAGGCGCCUUCAAGGUUCGUGGACUUCGCGUGCAGCGUCAUGGCCGAGCAGUGGAGAGUUUUCACCAGUGGAGGCUUCCUCGGCGAGAAGUGGCACCGCACUGACAAGGGUGCCGCUCAAGGGGACCCUUUGUCGCCGCUGAUCGCUGGAGCGGUCAUGUGGGUGUGGACGACAAGCGUCGCUUGCUCUGGCACCGAGGCUGUUGCAUUCGUCGACGACCGCAGCUUUUGGAGUCCGUGCGCGGAGGCUCUCUCAGAAGCUAAGCGACGAAGCGCUGCUGUGGAUGCUGCCUUUGGCUUCACCUGCGAUGCGCGCAAGUGCCAGCUCUCCGUGGGGCCGGCCUGCAACGGGUCCGCACUUGCUGGUGCUUUCGGCUACGAGCUCAAGGACCACUUGGAGCUGUUGGGCGUCCGGAUACCCGUUCCGCGAGGCGACCCUCCCAGGCUGGCGCGCUUCACCUUCGACUUGGCGCAGGCAAGGGUGGUCUGUUCGAAUGCCGUGGCAAAGGGCAUGUGGCAGCGUGGCUUCCACUACAAGACUCUGGUGCUCCCCAUGAUGGUUUGGGCUGGGGCCAUCGCCUCGAUCCCCUGCGAUGAGGUGACCAGACUCGCCAAUGCCAUCUUGUCGGUGACGAACUACAGGCAUGCGUGCGACACCCCGGCCAUCGUGGUCUGGGAAGUCCUGGGAUGGGAGUGCUGCCCCAGCUUUGCUCGUCGUUGGGCGGCCUUGAGGGACGCCGUGGCUUUGACUUGUAAGCCACCGGUCUGGUUGGAGGAGGCGGAGCUCACCUUUGCGGCGAAGCGGUGGCCAACUUUGUUACCUGUGGCUUCAGAGGUCUUGGGAGAGCUGGGCUGGUGGACUGACCGCUUGGGCACGGUCAUCCAGCGACGCGACUCGUUGGGUCACCUCCGCUCCUUCGAGCUCGGCGUGGACUCUACGGACGUGUUGGCUGAGUGGCUUCGCGACUGGCACAGGGCUCGGGCUUUGGCUUCCACCAACCGCGUCGCCGCGUCGCUCCACAGAGGGGACCCCAGCUUGGCCAGAGGCGCGCUUCUUCCUGGAGUUCCUUGCGGCAGCCUGGUUUUGCUUCGUGGACACAAGGAGGCGUACGCGAGUGCUGGCAACCGCACUCAGCGCAACUCGGCACUGGCCACUGGUUGCUCGGUUUGGGCUAAAGCGGCCAAGCAAGGCAUUGCCGUGUCGCUUAUGUGCGAGGAGCGACUUCUUGCGAGGACCGUGCCGGAGCUUCCUGCACCUCCUCCCGUGGUGGGGCGUGACUACGUCGUCGAGGCCUUGGCGUAUGAGCUGGACGCUCUCUUCGCCGACAACGUCACCGUUCACGUCGGCACCGACGGCAGCUCCGUCUCUGAGGUGGGGGCCUGGGCAGUCGCUGUUCAGGACGGUGAGGUUUACGCCUGUGGAGUGUCCUCCGAGGACCAGACUCCGUACCGUGCUGAAGUUGAAGGUCUCCGGGCAGUGCUUGAGGCGUUACUGUUGUGCAGACGCUGCGGCUCCGUCGUCGUGGUCUGUGACUGCCAGGCAGCUUUGUGGGCUCUUGAUGGCCACGGUCGUGCAGGUGUUUUGGUGCAGCGA